GGAUGCCGACUGUGACGAGGGAAGCUGAAGGCGGAAUGGACCAAACCUUCCAGUUCUUCCUCUAACUCUGGAAAUGGAUCCGACAUCCGCCCGAACGCAUCACGACGGGUCAGUCCAUGGACAGGGUCUGGACUGGGCUUCUGUGACCAGGAUGCCACAGCGCCCCCACCACUGUCUUAUCCCUUCUACUCUCCUCUGGUUCUGGAAGAUGGAGGGAGAGCCCUUCACCUCGGCUCUCUCCUCUCUGCUGUACUCUGCUGGGGGACACUUUGUAGCCCUCUCCUCCUCCUCUUCCUCCUCUUCCUCUUCUUCCUCAUCUGAUUCUGUCGUCACUGCCAUGUCCCUGGAGCAGAAGACUACAUUUGCCCUUGUGAUUCUCCUCUUUGUCUUCCUUCUCAUCCUCAUCGUGCGAUGCUUCCGGAUCCUGCUGGAUCCGUACCGGAGCAUGCCGACCUCAACCUGGGCUGAUGGCCUGGAUGGUCUGGAGAAGGGCCAGUUUGACUACACUCUGACCUAGUUGUAAUACUCACACCAGUGUUUAUGAAGACAGGAAAACAUUUCACACCACAGUCUCAUGUUCACAUUCUGCUGCAUGGCUGGAUUUUAAUCCUAUUUUUAUCCUACUUGGAAAAAAUUCCAGCCGAAUGUGUGAAUAUUUACUGGCUGAAAAGCCGUAGGUGUGGGAAAGAUGGCACCUUAACUAGUAACUUUAAUAGGUUGGUGUUUGGUUUGCUCGGAGUCUGCUGAUCACAGUUUCUUUAUCUGAUUAAAAUGUCUCCAUUUUGUGAGCUGUGAAGAUGAUAAAUUCACCCAAAUCUCCAGUUACUGCUUUUGUUUUCCUCAGAUGUUUCUCUUUG